CUCUGCAAUUUGUCCAGCGGGUUCUCACGGUGGAACCCUUUUGCCCACGGGAUAGUUGUUAGCCUCCCAAGAAUAGCCUAAAUGGUUGUGUCCCUUUUGUUUCUAUCAUUUCCGACUUGCUCUUGCUCUUCCUUUUCCCUUUCUUCCCGUUUAUACUCUCUCCGAAAAUCACCACUUUCUCUACAACAGUUCUUCCUCAUCAACUUUGUUCUUCUGCUGCUGUGAACUUCUAAAAUGGCAAGACCAUUUGAGCUGGUGAAAGACAUUAAUGACACAAAGGAGCUAUGGAAAAUAGCCGUGAGAGUCCAUCACAAAUGGACUGUUGUGAACAAGAAUAAGGAACAUUUUGAGAUGCUUUUGUGUGAUAAAGAACCAAUGUUUCUUGCCUGUGGGACCGCGAGUGUUCACAACUACUGGACAUUACUGCUGCUCAGUUACGUAACACAAUGCUUGAGGCCGGUAUAACAGACCCAUUGGAUUACCCUCUAGCAUUAGAUGGUUUGGUUGGAUUGACAAUGGCAUUUAAGGUCAAAUGGCAACCAAGUUGGGAUAAUGCUACUGUUGUUUCUAUUUAUCAGGAUAGAAGUGUCAUCAACCAGCUUUUGCAUUCAUGGGGACAAGAAUCUAUAUCGUCACCAUCACGUGAAGCCCAUAUCAUCAAGCAGCUGACUGAAAGUGUCGAUGAAGCUGUAACAAAUGAGGAUUGUACUGUCGUUAUGGAUGUUGAUAUUACAUCGGAACAUAUCCCUCACCCUGUUACGCCGACUUCAGCCAACAAAAGAAUUGCUCCUCCUAUUUCUAAUGAUAAUGUGGCAAGUUCUGAAAUCCUUGCAGGAGAGCAAUCCUCCACCAAAAUGAAGAAGAUUAUCAAGAUGGAGAAACUAGCUCCAUGAUAUGUUAUGGUUUUAACUUUCGCCAUCACGCCGUUUUUUAUGUUUUGAAUGAUGUUGCCUAAUGAACUAUUUCCUUCUGUUUACAAGUAACUAUUAAUUUAGUUGUGAACCAUCUAAUUUUGUAAUGUAACAGUGUCACAUUAGUGAUGUUGAACACCUUCUAUGGCAGAUAUUUAUUAAAUAAUCUACUAUUUCUUGUGCCAAAUAUUUAAGACUAAGGCACGAGGAAUGCCUACCAGUUCAAAGAACCAGACUGUUUCCUUUAUCAAAA